AUGUUCAAAUUCUUCGACUCGUUCAUGUUCAAUUUCGAGCUGACCCGGCUCCUCGGCAGCACGCCGGCCGGCGGCUGCGAUGCCUGCGAAUUCCUGACCGCCGUGGGCAAGAUCAAGAAGCACGAUCCCGAGUCGUGGCACGACGCCUGGAAAGAACAGGGAGAGCGGGCCGAGGCGAUCGCCGAGGAGGCCGCGAGGGAUGGCCUGAAGCCGCUGGCAAAGAACGCAUACCUUCGCGCGGCCAACUAUUUCCGGGCCGCGUCGUACCUGUUCUUCAAUGACGAUCCGAGGGUCGUGCCCUUGUCCGAGAGGUCGGUCGCGGCCUUCGUGCGCGCAACGUCUUUCAUGGACGGCGCGGUCCUGUUGGUGGAAAUCCCGUACGAAAAUGGCUUUAGCAUGCCCGGCUACUUGUAUCUCCCUCCCCAGAAUGCACGACUGCCCGGCAAGAUACCGCUCCUGUUGUACUUUGGCGGAGCCGAUUCGACAAAGGAGGAGCUGCACUUCCUGUUCGGCCACUCGGGGCCGCAGGUGGGCUACGCCGUCCUCUGCCUGGAGGGCCCCGGCCAGGGCCUGCUGCUGAAGAAGUCGGGAGUCCCUCUGCGGCCUGAAUUUGAGGUCGUUGCGGACAAGGUGCUGGCCUUUGUCGAGAAUUGGUCUCGAUCGUCAGAGCUGCAGCUGGAUCUGGACAGGAUCGCCGUGGCGGGCGCAGCCACCGGGGGAUACUUUGCCCUCCGCGCCGCCACUGACGCCCGCGUCAAGGCAUGCGUGUCCAUCGACCCGUUCUUCAGCAUGUAUGAGCUGGCCAUGACCCGCCUCCCCCAGUUCUACGUCAGCCUGUGGGAGAGGGGCUGGAUCACCGACGGCUUCUUCAACUGGUCCUCGGGUCUGGCGGGCAGGACAGACUUCCUGACUCGAUGGGAGUUGGCCCUGGGCACCAGCAGCACGGGCGUUGAGACGUUUUCUGCCAUGCUGCGACGCUUCAAGGACUUCUCCCUGGACACAAAGAAGGACGGGAAGGUCUUGGACAGGAUCACCUGCCCCGUGUUUCUCACGGGUCCCGGUGCCGGUCGCGAGAUGUACUCUUCGGCAGAGGCUGGGGCGCUCAAGAUCCACAAGUUGCUCACCAUGGUGCCGGAGAGCAACAAGGAACUCUGGGUCCCGACGGAGGAAGCAGACGGCGGGUUAACAGCCAAGAUUGGAGCCUGGCCCCUGUUGGCGCAGAAGAGCUUCCAAUUUCUAGACAAGCAUUUUAGCAUUGAUCGGAAGAAACCUAUAUUUGUUCUUGAAAAGCAAAGAUAG